AGUGGCGGGCACUGCAGUGACAACAAUCAUCUCAUAGACAUCAGUGUAAGUAUACGUGAAAGCGGCUAAAGUUAAUUGUGUUAGCCGCAACAAGUUGCGUUUUAUUUAUAGCGUCCAGUAUCGCAGCUCGCUGUCAUCAACCAUACCCGCCGAAUGCUUCUUGAGUGAUAUUUAAACGCUGGCACGGGAGGGAACGUGACAAGGUAUAGGAGUGUUGCACCAUGGCGAAUGAGGAUGCAAAGGUGAUCCCAGUGCGGGUUGCCUUGCGAUGUCGGCCGUUGGUGCCUAAAGAAAUCAAUGAGGGAUGUCAGUGCUGUCUCACUUUUGUGCCUGGGGAGCCACAGGUGAUCGUUGGCACAGAGAAAGCGUUCACCUAUGAUUAUGUAUUCGAUCCCACUGCUGAACAAGAGGAAGUCUUCCAUACAGCCGUGUCCUCCUUACUGAAUGGUCUUUUCAAAGGCUACCAUGCCACAGUUCUUGCAUACGGACAGACGGGAUCAGGGAAGACCUUCUCCAUGGGAGGAACGUACACAGCAGCACAAGAAAACGAUUCUUCAGUCGGAGUUAUUCCACGAGUUAUAAGAAGGAUCUUUGAGGAAAAGGAGAAGAAGGCAGACGCUGAAUUCCUGCUGGCAGUAUCCUAUCUGGAGAUCUAUAAUGAAGAUAUAUUGGACUUGCUGUGUGCGUCUAAAGAUAAACCUGCUCUCAGCAUCCGGGAAGAUCCUAAAGAGGGGAUUAAGAUUGUGGGUUUAACUGAGAAGCGGGUGUUCUCAGCCCAGGAGAUGGUUGGAUGUCUGGAGCUCGGAAAUUCUGCUCGCACUGUGGGUUCCACAGCGAUGAACGCCGCUUCUUCACGUUCCCACGCCAUCUUUACCAUCACUCUGGAGCAGCGCAGAGGGAACGACAAAGCUGAUUCAGUUGUUUCCAAAUUGCACCUUGUGGAUCUGGCUGGUUCAGAAAGGCAAAAGAAAACCAAAGCAGAGGGAGAUCGUUUAAAAGAAGGCAUCAGCAUCAAUCGCGGCCUUUUGUCUUUGGGUAAUGUGAUCAGUGCCUUGGGGGAUGAAAGCAAGAAAAAUACCUUUGUUCCCUACAGAGACUCCAAGCUCACCCGCCUGCUUCAAGAUUCUUUAGGAGGCAACAGCCAUACGUUGAUGAUUGCCUGCGUCAGUCCUGCAGACUCGAACAUGGAGGAGACCAUCAACACACUGCGAUAUGCUGACAGAGCUCGCAAGAUUAAAAACAAACCUAUCGUCAAUCUCGACCCCAGAGCUGCAGAAAUGAACCGCUUGAAACAACAGGUUCAGGAGCUGCAGGUGAUGCUGCUUCAUGCCCGUGGAGGAGUUGUCCCAAUGCUCUCUGGGCCCGAGCCAGCAGAAAAUGUGUCUAAGCUGCUGGAAAGGAACCGCGCUCUGCAGGACGAGAACAAUAAGCUGAGCAGGGAGCUGAGUGAGGCGGCCGGACAGACUGCCUUCAUGUUUGAGAAGAUCAUUACGACGGAACAAACAAAUGAGAAACUACAGAGCAAACUGGAACAACUGCGGCACCACGCAGCAUGCACAGUGGAUCUGGAGAAGCUGCUGGAGACACUGGAGGACCAGGAGUUGAAGGAGAACGUAGAGGUGAUGAGGAACCUGCAAGACAUCAUCUUGGAGCUCAAGAAUGAGAGCUCAGGCAUCGCCGCCUCCAUCGAUGCGAUGGCUGCAGGCGAGGAUGAAGCUGAAUUGUCUCGGAGUGGCAGUAAAAAUGAGGCAGAUGAGUCGCCAUCAGAUGUUACUGCCAUGGGCGGUAAGGAGUCCCCAGAGGCCUUCACAACCCAUCAUGCACUGCGGCAGGCCCAGCUCUCCAAGGAACUGAUCGAGCUGAACAAAGUGUUGUGCUUGAAGGAAGCUUUUGUGAGGAAAAUGUGCCAGAAUGACACGCAGCUGGAGCCGAUGACGUCAGAGCACCAGAAAAAUGUCCACGCUCUACAGUCAGCAGUGGAUUCACUGCAGAAGGAGAAAGAGGAACUUGUCUUGGCUCUUCAGUCUGUAAAGAAAGAUACCAACCAGGCAAAGCUUAGCGAGCAGCGCAGGAAGAGACUUCAGGAGCUGGAGGGCCAGCUCACCGACAUGAAGAAGAAACUUCUCGAGCAGUCAAAGAUGCUAAAAGUCAAAGAGUCCUCGGUUCAGAAAGUUAGCAAGCUCAUGCAGGAAAUACAGGCCAUGAAGUCUCAGCGGAUACAGCUGAUGAAGCAGAUGAGGGAUGAUUCUGACAAGUUCAGACAGUGGAAGAGCCAGAAGGACCGAGAGGUGCUGCAGCUGAAGGAAAAGGAUCGUAAACGACAGUACGAGUUGCUUAAACUUGAGCGGGAUUUCGAGAAACAGGCCAAUGUUCUGCGUCGUAAAACUGAGGAGGCUGCAGCUGCAAACAAACGAUUGAAAGAUGCCCUUCACAAGAGAAGUGAGGUGGCAGAGAAACGCAAAGACUUCCACAGCAGAGGAAUGGAGGGAGCCGCUGCACGAGUUAAGACAUGGUUUCUCAAUGAAGUGGAGGUGAUGGUCAGCACAGACGAGGCACGGCGCCACCUCAACGACCUGCUGGAGGACAGAAAGGUCUUGGCCCAAGAGAUCAGCCACCUCAAGCAGCAGAUGGAUGCAGGGGAGCGACCCGCUGCAAAAAUCAGGCGUCGCACUCUGAUCAUCUCUGAGCUGGAGAGCCAGGGGGCGCUGGAGGCGCCUCUGGCCAAACAGGUGGAGAACCUGGAGACAGAGAUGGGCCUCAGGAAUGCCCAGAUCGCUGACCUUCAGCAGAAAGUUCUUGCUGCCGAUGGCGAGGGGCGUUUGAAACAGCGCAUAGACGGCAUUACGAGCAUAGUCGAUGCCAAGUAUGCCCUCAAGGUCCUGAUGUCUGAGCUGGUGUCUGCUAAAACGGCCGUUGCCAAGUUGGAGAGUGAAGUCAAACAGGAAAAGGGAAACGCACAAGAUCUGAGGAAGAUGUUGGCGGAUGAGAGGAAUGUCAUGUCAACUAUGGACGUGGAGCAUCAGCAGCAGCUGGUGGAACUGGAGCAGAGGCAUCAAGAGAAGGUCUUUUACCUCCUUAACCAGCUUCAGAGCAAAGCCAUCAGUGAAGAGUCGGACGAAAGGAAGCAGACCGAUGAGGAGAGUUCGAAGGAGAAUGAACUUCUUCUCGAACGCCUUAAAGUCAAGGAAGAAGAACUGCGAGAACUGAGUGAACAGAACCAGAAACUUGUGGAGGAGAAUGAGCAAUACAGACAGAAAUUCUCGUUGCUCCACCUGGCGAGCUCAAAGAAAAUCCUUGCACCUGCAGCCAACAAUGAAAACAGCCCAGAUGACUCGUUUGAGUACGUUCCUCCAAAGCCUAAAGCGAAGCGCUUCACCACAGCCAAAGCCGCGCUGAGUGCAACCAUCAACAUUGAAGAACUGAUGUCUCCCAGUGAGGACGAGCGCGACCAGGAGGAGGACGAGUGGCGUCCAGAGAAACCUGAGAAGUGCCGCAGAGCCUCAAAGAAAACAAAAGCAUUUGGGUGUGCGUGUAAAGGUCGCUGCGUCAACAAGCAGUGCAAGUGCCGCAAAGGAAAGCUGGCGUGUGGUGAGAACUGUCAGUGUGAUCAUGAGAAGUGUCGAAACAUGGACGUCCAGGUGCCUGCAGAGGAUGUAAGUCAGACUGAAAGUGUUUCCAGAGACUCCGUGUCUCUUCAAGAUCCCACAUCCGUCAGCCCCGACAACACCACAUUCUUCAAGCCGCCGUCCUGUACGCCUUCGAAGAGGGUGCUGCAGGAGAUCGGAGACAUGGGACACGCCACUGCAGACCUGAAGCUGGUCAGGAAGCCCGUCUUGCCAGAGGAGGACGACAACGACGAUAACGACGAGGAGGAGGAGGAGAGAACGACGGCGAGCUUCCUCAAGAAGAAGAAAAGAAUCCUGACGAGCUUUCAGAACAGCUUUUUCUCUGGCUGCACUCCCAUCAGAGAGGACUUUUGAGCAGGGUAGGGAGUUUUACGUCAGGUUGUCCACGUCGUGUCUUUUUUUUAUUUUCUAUGUGACCUAAGUGUUGUGUACUGUAACUGGAGAGUAGCUGCUGAUUCUUUGUUUUCUGUAGAGGGUAACAGAAGGACUGUGAAUAGUUACGAACUUUUGAUUGAUUCCCUGAAGCCAAGACGUAAUUAUUUUAGUAUUUCAAAUCAGUUGUCCGGACAUCGAUAGUCAAGUGAUUUUCCCAUGAGAACUAUUUCACCACAUCGUUUUAACACAGCGUCAGGAUUUGGUUUCAUCCUGCUUUUACUAUCAGAGCUGAAUAAAGUCUGACAGUCAAAUCUUGCUUUUAAAAGGAGAACUAACUGGGUUUUGUUUUGUUUUUUUGGGGGGGGUCUGAAUGUGUUUAAUGUCUCCACAUCAUGAGCUGAUGUAAGAUAAUUUAUUUCAUUCAUUAGUCUGUUGAACACGAUUAAUGUUUUAACUUUUGUCUCACUUUCAUUGCUGAUUCUUAGCGGCACUUAAUCUCCAGUGGAAAGAGCUUUCUGACAUUGAAUUAAACGAGUAAAUCUUAAAAGCAGAGCUGCAGUGAAUUUCUUUGUUAAACAAAAGAAAAUUAGUUGCCGGUUAUUAAUUGUUUCAGUCACUUUUCAAACACAAACUGGUUCCAUGCUUCUUAAAUGAGUCGUGUGUGGUGGUGACGGAGGAGCUUUUGACUUCUAGUUGAACAAAAAAUGUCAACAAAACCUGUUAAAAAAACAAAAAAAACGUGUAAAUUAUGAGUCCAGUUUCACUGCACGUGGUCUUGUUGUUAUGAGGUUUUUCUGCCUCAUCUGUUACGAACUCUGAAUAAAAUUUCAUCAAAAGACACAAAUGUCAACACGAGCAUCUCGACACAUCAUCAUCAUCAUCAUCAUCAUCAGUAAUCAUCACAUUUUGCCACGCAGCCUUUUUAUAUGUUUCACGUUGUUGUGUUUUGUAUAGUAUCAGAUGAAUAAAAUAGUGCAAUUUAAAUAAAA